ACGUGUUUCCCUUCAAGCGUCGAUACUACAGGAACGACGAGGAACCAAAAAUGGCGAAUUCAUUUGACAUGAUUCGGUCGUUGGGACUGCAGAUGCAGCCGUUCGAUUAUACUGCUCAUACCGACGAUGUCGGUGUUGAAUGGAGCAAGUGGCUCAGAUCGUUCGAAACAAUGAUUCGAGCUAGUCGGGUAGACGAUGAAGACUGGAAGAGAGAUUUAUUGCUACACUUCGCCGGUUCGAGCAUCCAACAACUUUUCGAUACAUUGCCCGAGUUGGCCGGUGCCGAAUUUCGCGGACCUCUACUAAACAUCGAACAUUACACACCGAAUAUGACAAACUAUGAGGAAGCACGCGCCAGGUUGAAUGAGUUUUUUAUGCCAAAGGAGAACACCACAUAUGAACGUCACUUACUGCGCCAGAUGAGACAACGAUCCGGGGAAAAUAUUGAUGCAUUCACCAUCAGAUUGAGAGUCCAAGCGGAACGGUGCGGAUUUGGUGACCGAACGGAGGAAAACAUAAAAGACCAAAUUAUACAGAACUGCCAAUCGGCUGCGCUGCGCCGGGAUCUAUUAAAGCGAGGUGAUGCGAGUCUGGAGGAAAUUUUGAGCAUUGCAAAAAUUUUCGAAACCGUUGCACAGCAGGAGAAAUCUUUUGCUGUUAAUGAAAUUUCGAAACCAAACAUCAGCGAAGUCAACAAAAUUGAUGCAAAGCGAUCUUUUGCCAUGCGUAAACGGCAUGCUGAAAUGGUGCAGUUUGAAUGUCAUCGUUGUGGAUACAGUGGACAUCUAGCAAGAGAUGCGAAUUGCCCUGCCAAAGGAAAGGCAUGCAACCGAUGUGGAGGCAAAGACCAUUUUGCCAGAAAGUGCCGCAGAAACAAGAAUUUGAUAAGAGCAAAUAGCUACCGAUGGAUUGGAAAUCGGCGGGACGACAGAGACAACAAAACUGCCGAACAAAGUCGUUCCGAUGAUGACUCAAACACUGUGAAACAAAUAACUGACGAGAAAAUAGAAUACGUGUUCAAUGUAACCACUAGCGACAGUGACGGUGAAAUCCAGUGUGAGAUCGGAGGAGUACUUGUUCAUGCAGUGAUCGACUCCGGUUCCAAAUACAAUUUGUUGAGCCAAAAAGAUUGGGAAACACUGAAAACCAACAAAGUGAGAGUGUCAAAUCAACGACGAGAAACAUCGAAAUCCUUCAAGGCCUAUGGAGGUCAACCCCUGGCACUACUGGGCGUAUUUACAGCAAUGAUCAAGCUAUGCAACGUAACUGGACUGGCAGAGUUCUACGUAAUAGAAGGUCACGGCAAAAUCCUUAUCGGUCGCGACACUGCAACAUCAAUGGGGGUUCUAAAAAUUAAUAUUCCUGUGAACGAAAUAAAAGCUGAAUGCAAGCAUUUGGGUACUAUCAAGGGAAUUGUGGUAGACAUUCCCAUCAAGGCCGAUGUUGCACCUGUUGUACAACCGUACAGACGCAUACCAGUGGCAUUGGAAGAAAGAGUUGAUAAGAAAAUUGACGAGUUACUCAGCCAAGGCGUUAUCGAACCAGUGAAUGAACCAUCCAAAUGGGUCUCCCCGGUGGUCGUGGUUCCCAAAGGAGACGACAUUCGAAUUUGUGUGGAUAUGCGACGUGCCAACGAGGCGGUAGAGAGAGUGACUCACCCUCGGAAUCACCCCUUACCGACUUUCGAGGAUUUUCUUCCUCAACUGGCAAAAGCGAAAGUUUUCUCUCGGAUCGAUGUGAAGCACGCUUUCCAUCAGGUUGAAAUAUCGGAAAAGUCGAGGGAGAUUACAACUUUUGUUACGCGCAGAGGAUUGUUUCGAUACACCCGACUUAUGUUUGGGAUCAACUGCGCGCCAGAAUUGUUCCAAAAGGCAAUGGAACAGGUUCUGAGCGGAUGCGAUGGGUGCAUGGUGUACAUUGAUGAUGCUAUUGUGUACGGGUCUGAUCAUGAGGAGCACAAUAUGAGAUUAGAAAAAGUUCUUCUCAAACUAAAAGAAUGGAAUGUAGCACUAAACGAGGAAAAAUGCGUUUAUGGAGUAACCGAAAUGGACUUCCUAGGUCACACGUUGUCAGCGGAUGGAAUUAAGCCUGAUAAAGAUAAACUUGAAUCAAUACAAAAUUUCAGAGCACCGAGAAAUGGAGAAGAAGUAAGAAGUUUUCUCGGUUUGGUUAAUUUUGUCGGCAAGUUUCUUCCCGAUUUGGCUACUCUAACGUAUCCACUGCGACUAUUGACGAAUCAAGGACGAAAAUUUGAAUGGGGAACCACACAGCAAAAAGCUUUUGCAAAACUGAAAGAACAUUUGACGGACCCUAAAACACUGGGUUACUAUGACAUUGAUGAUCGUACGCAACUGAUAGCCGAUGCAAGCCCAGUUGGCUUAGGGGCUGUGCUUAUUCAGUUUUCUAGCGAGGAGUUUCGGACGUAUUGCAAAUCUAGCAAUAUAAAGCUUAUCAGCACUACACCAUACUGGCCCCAACAGAACGGUGAAGUUGAGCGACAAAACCGUUCUAUUUUGAAAAGAUUAACGAUCAAUCAAACAAUGAACGGUGACUGGAUCGAAGAAUUGAACAAAUACCUACUAAUGUAUCGCUCAUCUUCCCACUCGACGUCAAAGAAAACACCCUCAGAACUGAUGUUCGGGUAUAAUAUUCGUGAUAAACUCCCGUCUAUCUAUCAGCCUAAAGAUGUCGAUGAAGAGUUGAUAGAUCAAGACAAAGCCAUGAAAGAAAGAGGUAAGCUGUACGCAGAUGAACGACGGAAUGCUAAACCGAAUCUUAUCUCGGAAGGCGACAACGUUUUGCUGAAGAAAAUGACUAAAACGAAUAAGUUAACACCAACUUUUGAUUCCGAAGCAUUCAAAGUAAUCAAACGAAAGGGCGGGGAUGUGAUAGUUGCUUCAGAAUCUGGUGUUAAAUACCGAAGACAUGUGACCCAUCUACAACGCAUUCCGGUGGGUGUGACUGAUUUGUGCGCACAAGAAACGAACAAACCUGAUGGUAAUUCUCCCGACGAAGGCAUAGGACAACAUGCAGACUGCACCAGAGGACGUGGAGUUAAACGAACUAUUCGACCGCCAACAUAUAUGCGUCAUUACGUGCAAGCCGUCCAAAAGGAUUGAAACCUAAUAAUAACAUUGAACCAGAUAAAAAGAAGAAAGUGAAUGUAGUAUCUACUGUUAUUUCUAAUGAUACCUAUUAAUAGAUAAACCUUGGUAACAAGGGUCGUGAGAGCUUUCACAUAUAGCUCACGACUGUAAAAGCUUUACUCAUAACAUGUACGAUACGAAGCAGAGAAUAAACCUCAUUAGUAUUGAGA